GAAGAAGGCGGUGGACCGCAUGCUUUUGUCCGGCUUGUGCGUCGUCUCCGUCGCCUGGCAGCGCACCUGCAGCCGUGCCUAGAUGCUGCGGCCUCGCAGAGAACCGGCGAGGUGCCCUCGGCAAAUGUUUGGGCUGCGCUCCGGGUUCCUAAGAUCCUGGGCCUGGAUGUCAUCGUGACGAAGACGGCGCCAGAAGGAGGCGUCGGGCCUUGGCCUUGGCUUUUGGAGGUGAAUCGUUUCCCGGCGCUUGGCCUGCGUGCUUCCAGUGAUGCAUCGACGAAGCUAACG